AUGACUAUUAGUACCUGCGGGCAUGAACACGAAAUAAUCAGGAAACAUCAGUGUACUCAUAUGCUUGUAAAUGCGUCUAACUGUAUAAACUUUUCAUUUUCAAAUCUGGGAAAGGAGAAUAUGAAGUUUAAUUAUGUAGAUGACUUGGACGAUACUGCCUCGAUUGCGCCAGAAAGCCAAAGUCCGAAGGCCUUGAAUCAGAAAAUUUCAUAUCCAUUUCUGUUUGGUUCUGAAGAUUUUGUGGAUGGAGGGAAUAGAGAAACAUUCUUGCACUCGUCUGUUUAUAUACCUAGUGCUCCCCCACUUCUUGAGCGAAAUUCUUUCAAUUAUGAUGCUUACAAAGAGGUGUUGGAAGUUGAACCACCCGAGUGGCUUCCGGACAAUUCUACUAGAGUUUGCAUAAAGUGCAAUGCUCCCUUCACAGUUUUGACUCGUGGAAGAAAUAACUGUCGUUUUUGUGGAGGUGCCAAAGUCAUGGAUUGGACUUGCUCAAGAUGGUGGCUGAAUCUUCCUGUCAGUUUGUCCAUGGAGCAAGAAAUAUAUAAGUCAGUCAAUACAUUAAGGAGUUAUUGUCAGGUUGCUAGAUUGAACCACGAGAAGUUGAUCCCGACAAGCUGUUCUGAGAGGAGCCAAAGGCUUGGCAAUCUUGACAGUUGCAAAAGUGCUGCAGCAGGACUGAUUGGGAGAGUUGUAGAGACAGAUCUACGAGCUAGAGAAAAGGUUCUGGCAUUUGCUACACUUGCAGUAAAUGUGCAUUUGUGGGGUCUCAUUAGAAGGAAAUAUGCCACAAAAAGAUAUACAAAUCUUCGCUUUUAUGGCGAUCCAUUCUUCACCACAGCUGUUAUCCCUCUUGGGACAGUCGACAUACCAAAAGCUGCUGAACUUUUAUAUGCUGCCAUCCAAGACAUGCAAUCCAAAUUGCAAUGCUAA